UCCGCAGAGAUUCAAGUAAAAAAUAAUGCCUGUGCCAAGCUGAUGGUUAUAGCAGAGCAGGUUAAAUUUCUUCAAGAGCAGGCUCGCAAAAUUCUGGAAGAGACACAAUCAGCCCAGGACCUGCACCAUGCUGCGUGCAAUUUUAAGAAGAUUCCCGGAAACGUGUACCAUUUGUACAGGCGUGAUUCGGGCCAAUCUUAUUUCAGUAUGGUUUCUCCGGAGGAAUGGGGACCAGGCGGAAGCACUCAUGUGUAUGUGGGAAGCUUUCGGUUGGAACAUGACCAAACUUGGACCACCAUCGACCGGUUGCAGGAAGUUAACGAGAGCAUCCAGUGGGCAAGGAACUUGGUGGAAUCUUCCGAAGCUAAACGGGCCCAGCUUCUGGCUAUCAAUCGACAAAUCACUGACGAAACAAUUAAAAAAUGAGCAUGAGUUUUCUUCAGAACUCAUUACAUUAGUUUAGCAUUAAGGCUUAAGAUAGUUCAUCUUAAUAAAGGUAAACGCAAAAAGUUUAAA